GCAGGUGCACGCGCAGCAGCAGGUGCUGCGUCGCGCGCCAAACCCAAAAUUCCUCGCGCUGCUGUCUUUUCUCGGUGAAUUCCGUCACAUGCAGCCUUUUCCUCCGGAGUCAUGUUCUGUCGUUCUCGGCUCGGUUCGGCCCGGGCCACUGCGACCCGCCCGGCUCGGACUAGCUCCGUUCUCGUUUCCGCAUUCCCGCAUUCCCGCAGCGGAGGUCCAACAGAGAAACCGGUCCAUCCGGCUGAUCUAGCCACCAACCGACCAACUCCCGCUGGCGGUGCAUUAUGUUUUCAGCACGACAGAGAAGAAGACGCCGGCGGACCGGAGCGGCGCGUGGCCCUCGCAGGCCGUUCUGAGCCGACCUUCCAGCUCUGCCACUGACCGAACCCGACCCCGGCAUGGAGAGCUGCUGUCGCUGCUGUAUGCCGUGCCUCCACCGGCUCUGGGACCGGCUGUGGCCCGACGCGCGCCGCCGGAGCGACACUCACGACAACCAUGUCAUCGCCAACCCCGCCGCGGAGGCGGCGGAGAUCCGCACGGUGUCCGGCGACAUCCGCGUCCCGUCGCCCAAGAAGCGGCCGGUGCAGCUGUACGCGGCGCUGUUCGACUUCGAGGCCCGCAGCGACGAAGAGCUGACGGUGAAGGAGGGGGACAAACUGUCGGUGAUCGAGAAGCGGGGGGACUACGUGCUGGCAAAGAAGCUCACCGGGUCCCUGGAGUCCGGCUUGGUCCCGGCCAACUACGUGGCUCUGCUCCAGGACGAGUUCGCCAAACACAAGUGGUACUACGGGAACAUAAACCGUGUGAAAGCUGAGAAGCUGCUCCUCGCUUCCCAAAACAACGAUGGCUCCUUCCUCGUACGCAUCAGUGAGAGUCACAGCGACGAGUACACGAUCUCCACUCGGGGGGAGGGGAAGGUGUACCACUUCCGCAUCCAGCGCUCCUCUAUCGGCGCGUACUUCGUCUCAGAUAAGCUGUCGUUCGCCACGCUGGGAGAGCUCAUCUCCUACUACCAGAGAAACCCACGCAUUCUGGGAGUGCUGCUGAAGGAGCCCUGCGCGCAGCAGCGGGAGCUGUUUGACAUGGAGCCAUGGGAGAGACCACGGGAGGAGUUCCAGCUCCACAAGAAGCUGGGUGAGGGACACUUUGGAGAAGUGUGGGAGGCUCUGUGGACGGCGGAGAACAGGAAAGUGGCCAUAAAGAUGCUUAAGCAAGAGGACACCAAACAGGACGAGUUUGUGAAGGAGGUCCAGGCACUAAAAAGCCUCCAUCACCCCAAACUGAUCCAGCUGUUGGCCAUGUGCUCCAGAGGAGAACCGGUCUACAUCGUGACUGAGCUCAUGUGCAAAGGAAGCCUCAAGUCCUACCUUACAGGUGCUGAAGGGCAGGUGCUGACAUCGGCUCAUCUCAUCUACAUGGGCAGCCAGAUCGCAGAGGGCAUGGCCUACCUGGAGGACAGGAGCAUCGUUCACAGAGACCUCGCUGCCAGGAACAUCCUGGUGGGAGACGAUCUGGUCUGCAAGGUGGCCGACUUUGGACUGGCACGGAUUAUAAAGGACAGUGUUUAUACAGCCAGUCGUAACACAAAGAUCCCGGUGCGCUGGACGGCCCCAGAGGCAGCCAUCCACCAGAGAUUCUCCGUCAAGUCGGACGUUUGGUCGUUCGGCGUGCUGCUGUAUGAGAUGAUGUCACGUGGCAAGAUGCCCUACGAAGGAAAAAGCAACAAGGAAGUGAUGGAUCUGCUGACAUCAGGAUUCCGUCUUCCCUGUCCGCCACGGUGUCCUCCGAACAUUUACCACAUCAUGAUGGGCUGCUGGGCUGCUGAGCCCAUCAAGAGGCCAUCUUUCCAUGCGCUGCACAGCCAGUUAGAUUCAAUAUAUGCCCGGAUAUACUUUAAGACUAUCGAGGUGUAGAAGCAUGAACUACAACUGUAGCCUGGACUGAGGCUGUUAUUUAAAAACCAAACUGAACAGAGGGAUGGAGGAAGAACAAGAUGUGGACCAGAAAAGGGACUGCAGGGACAGAAUCCACUCCUCACAAAGGAAGCAACACUGGGUCACUGUCUUUAUGUGCCACAUCUCUUGUACACACACUGAAACAUUCACGGGUCAACACUUGAACUGAGGUUAUGUGCAAUAAUUGAGGGCUUUGUGGGUUUUAGCCACGCUGUCAGUCUGGUGCUAGUGACGAGAAGGCCGUCGCUCAGUCUCAUCUCCAGCACCAUCCCUUUAGUCAAACUCCUUAAAGACUUUUUGCUCUGACACUGAUCUAAGGUUGAGUGAUGUUAAAACAGAACUAGCCACAGAAAUAAAAUGCACAAAAAUGG